AUGGCCCAGACUCAGUUUACGCGGAGCUCAGAGAGCGACGCGUGGGCGCUUCUCUCUCUGAAGUCACCCCCGUCGCCCUCCAAAGUGCAGUGGGCCCAGGAGCCUUCGCCGAUUGCGAUCGCGAGGCUCGACGGCCGCGACUUUGAGUACCUCAUCCGCCAGAAGCGUGUUAUCAUCGGUCGGAACUCUAGCCGUGGACAAGUGGACGUUAACAUGGGACACUCUAGUUUUAUAUCGCGGAGGCAUUUGGAACUGUUCUAUGACCACCCAGAGUUCUAUCUGACGUGCAACAGUAAGAAUGGCGUACUGGUGGACGGCGUGUUCCAGAGGAAGGGUUCUGCGGCGAUGCUGCUGCCGAAAAGGUGA